AUGGCUAAAAUAAUAAUAUUUUUUUGUGUUUUGGCAUUAUUCAUCAAUUUUUUGGAAUCAAAUCAAAUUGAUGGAGUUUCUGACAUUGAGAAUGUUGAAAAUAAGAUUGAGCCUUUUCGAGGAUUACGUAUAAAGAGAGGACCUGUUUGUUGGACCGACAUGAUAAAACUGUGCUGUGGUGCUUGUAAUAAACCUGGUUGUCGCUAUGCCAUGUGCUCCUUAUGUUGUUAAAAAAAUUAUUGAAAUCAAAUUGAUGGAGAUUCUGAAUUGAGAAUUUUGAACAUAAGGAAGUGAUUAACAAAUAAAUCCAUUUUUUAAAUUU